CUAGCUGCCUGGUAGCCUGGCUUUGCUGGUAGCAUGGGAGGCCCCCACCGACCCUUGCAACGCCCACCGUCUACGUGCCCUGGCCCCUGUCCGCGUCUGGGCUUGCACAAACCCCCGGCCUCUUCCCCCCCUGUUCCACUUGCAAGGACCCUUGGCCUGUUCGGCCACUCUCCUCGGCGCUGCUGAUUACUGUUAUUCAUCAUUAUUCGCCAUCCGCCUCGUCCCCGUCGAUUUAUGGUCGCAUAUUGUUACUCUGCCGCUGGUUGCUUGGUUGCUGCGCGCUUUCCGACUAUCUUAUCCCGUCUUUUCCAUCCUCGCCUGGGUCGCGGGGCUCUUCGAGAUAUACCCGUAAUCUGUCUGGCCUGGCCCUGUCCUGUCCUUGCCCUGCCCUGCUCGCGGUCCUGUCCAGCACUUGCAUACCCGCUCUUGCGUUUGACUUCAAUCCGCAUCGCAUUGUACGCAUCCAUGCUGCUAUGCCUCUUCGCAACUUGGCUCUCUUGCCUAUCCACCCACCCACCCACACACACGCACGCGCAACCACUCACACACUCUCUCACAUACUCACAUACUCAUACUCACACUCUCACUCUCACUCUCUCGCUCUCGCUCUCUAUUCCACCCCUUGCCUGGUCGUUGCAGCACGCAAAUGCAGCAUGCUGGAGACGACUCUGUUCUAGCCUUCCCAGGAGAAACGAACCCGAAACUUCAACGCCGGGAAGCCCAGGAAGGCCAAGCAACGAAGAUUAUCAGGGUUACGUUCAGCUUCAAACGCAAUCAAAAGAAGAAAAAAAGACGAAAAACAAAUAAUCCAGUAAAUAAAUACAUAUAUAUGGGCGUCGGCCCUAGACAGCGAACUAUUUAGUCCUGGACCAAAAGAGGUAGCCCGGCAGAAGCAGAACACCAUCUAGGCUUGGCUACCCGUCGAUCCACCCAUCCAUCUCUCUUUACAUAGGUGCCGUCCAUCCAGUCGUUAUCAACCUCUUAUUAGUACAUGCUGCUGCCAUCCGCUGCCACACCAC